GUCCUUCAGAAUACGAAGCAAGAGUCAAUCGGAUGCUUCCGUCUGACCGCGAUGCAUUGUUAUUCAAACUGGCUCUAGACUGGGACCCUGGCCCCAAACCUACCGAGAUGAAAGGACUUCUUGUCGUAUAUGAAGGCGCUGGCCACUCUAUCUGUUCCUCUUAUCAUCUUUCCAAAAUUUCCAUUCCUGUCGCUCGUUUAACUAUAUACCCCGGCAUUUCCAAUAGAAAAUGCGUAUCCACUCUUUUGCCCUUUUGGCCGGUGCCACUAUUGCCAUCGCUACCCAGACAGUCUCUCUUUUCCUAAUUGGCUUCGAUGAGCAACAACUUGAGGGCAAGAUCAUUGGCACUACCGGUUCCAUGACCGAAUAUCUUAUCAAGUGUGCUGCUGACGUUGACUCUACCGAAUGCGGUCUUCCCCCUAAUGGCAUGACCGUAGCCCAAGGCUCUUCCACCGUCAGCCUGGCAUACAGUACGGGUCGUAUAACCAUUGCUGAGAACUGCAACUACGAUUCCAUAAGCGUGACCUGCGCCGCAAGCCUUGACGAGGAAGGCAUAACCACCACCUUCACCUCCGCCGUCGCCCUCACUGAAAUUCCCGGUGGCGGCUCUUUGCUGCCUGUCACUAUCACCGGAACUGCAACAGAGAAAGCCGCCGCCACUACUGGGGCCUCCGUAUCGGCUUUCACCGCUGCGUCGACUAGCGGCGCUACUUUGACUACCUCCGCUUCGACUACCGGUGGUACCAGCGCUGGUACCAGCACCAGCGCCUCCUCGGAUAGCAGGAGUGCUGCUGCGACCAGCCAGACUGAAUCUGGUAACGCUGCUAUGCCUAUGAUUACUGGAGACGCGCGCUGGGCUGCUGCCGGCGGUGCUGCCGCUGUAUUGGCGCUUGCCGUUCUUUGAUCAUCUGAUCAUUUUUAUUUUGGAUGAGAUUGGAGGUGUUCAGUCGUGGCUCCACCAAUGCCUUUCUGCCUUGACAAAAAAGAUAUGGACAUCCUCAUGUAUCAGCUACAACUGAAUCAUUCUCCGUCACUCUACCUACCGCCCUGCGGUUAAUUAUAAGCUUCCGCUCGAUUGUGCCAUAGACAUACUCUCGGAGACUUCUCAUCGUAUUCGCCACCUUCUUCCCAUUCGGCAAAUGGUAGAAAAAACUGAGUUGAUCCGACUAUGGCUGUGGCACGAUACUGGGCGGAAAAGGUGAGUAUGCUUGUAUUCAUGAAGAGAAAUACAUUCCCAGGUAUCAUUACGACGUUUAUAAAAAAAACCUGUAUUUUAUAUGGAAUCUAAAUUGGCUUUAGCAUGUCACGCGAUUAGGGAGUGAAAGAGGGUCUCUCAAACUUGGAAGGCAAUAACAAUUCGC